AUUAAUCUUACUGAUAUUUUAAAUAUUAUUGUGGGAUUCAGCAGAUAAUAGAAGGAUCUUAGUAAACAUCUAAAAUUUGAAUACUUCAAUGAUUUUUAAAUGUGUUUUUUGGUUGCGGGACAGCAGUUUCUAUAGAGCGGCCCAUAUGUUUGUUCAGUGUCAAACCCGUGACCUUGUCAUCGCUGCAGAACUGAACAGUUUCUGUCUUCUUCUGCACACUUUCUUUCAUCGCAUAUCUUAACGCAUGAGCUGUGAAGUGUUAGGGUUUCUCCAGAGCUCGUCCUGCUCUAUUAAACACACCGCACGGCACGAUUUGGCAGUGAUUCAGAUACAGGUAUUAGUUUUACUUACAGUUUAGUUUAUUUUUGUGCAAUAUAAAUUAUGUACAGGAAGAUGGGGAAAACCCAUGAAGGCUUAUUUAAAGCCUCCACCUAAACAUUGAAUUAUCACAAAAUUAACAUACGGAAAUGAAUAUGACUACAGUUAUUAAUAAUAAUAUAUUUUAGAAUUAUAAUUAAUAAUAAUGAUUUUAUUAACAAUCCAAUUCAAGUUUAUUUGUAUAGUGUUUUUCACAAUAAAAAUGCUUGUUUGUGUUCAGUUAAAAAAAGACGAUUGUUGCAAUUACAACUUGUGAUCGUAAGGAUUACAAUACAUUAUUAAUACAUAAUAUUAUAUUUAAUUAGAUAAUAUUACAAUAUUAGGAUGAAAUAUGAUGGUUUUGCAUGUUGCUCCAAAGUUGUCCUCAUCUGAAAUCUUUUCAAUUAAUUCUACAAAGUUCAUCAUAAAACCAUCUUUUAUUUUUACAGAAACUUUCAUGCAUUAAAUGCAACUUAAAAUGCAUGAAGGAAAUUUGCAAAGAUUGAACUGUUCAAGUCUAAAAUAACAGCACUAAUAAAAUUAUGCAUGAAAAUGAAAACACACGGAAUGAAACUCAGAACUCUCUGCGGUGGGAAAAUGUUUGUUUGGGGGCUGAUUCCUGAUUUCCUGUCUGUCUUUCAGGUAGUUUGAGGUCUCACUGACAUGUUGAGACGCAUCGAGCAGCCGCUCUGACUGUCUGUGAGUGUGUGUGUGUGUGUGUGUGUGUGUGUGUGUGUAGCAGUGACAGAGCUGUAUCAAUGAAAGUGUGUAUGAAUGAACCGUGUGUGUGUGUGUGUGUGAGACAGAGGUGUGGCUCUCACUGUCAUAAACUCGUGCUGCUUUCUGGAGUGGCGUCACAUUCAUCAGGAGACGCCGAGCAGGUGAAAUCAGAUUCCCAUCCACAGUCAUGUGGUGAUACGGUCUCUCUCACACACACUCACACACGCAUCAUGGCGCACCCGUACGACCCCUGGUUGCGCGCCGGGCCGCCGCAGGACGAGGUGAGCGUGUCCGGCUGGUGGGACGUGCACACUGGAGCCGCGGCCGGCUGGAUGGACCUGCAGGGGGCGGGGCUGGGGGCGGGGCCAGGGCAGGGCGGGCCCAUGAGCUCCUACACGGCCGACCCUCAGAUGUGCUGCCUGCCUCCCUCCGGCUCCGCCCACUCCGGCCUGCACUUCCCGCCCGAGGGCUUCAAGAUGGAGCCGCUGCCGCAGGAUCUGCUGCCGCUCCCGCAGGCCUCGUCGUCCUACUCCUCGGAGGAGCCGCAGGACGCCGCGGGGGCUUCCGCACGGCCGAAGUCGCAGCGACGCGCUGGUGGCCGCGCUCCCGGUCAGGCCUCCUGCCGCUGUCCCAACUGCCUGAGCGCCGAGUCCCUGGGAAGCAGCAGUGGCGACGGCAAACGCAAGCACCUGCACAACUGCCACAUCCCCGGCUGCGGGAAAGCCUACGUGAAGACGUCGCACCUCAAAGCGCACCUGCGCUGGCACAGCGGCGACCGGCCCUUCGUCUGCAACUGGCUGUUCUGCGGCAAGCGCUUCACCCGCUCGGACGAGCUGCAGCGCCACCUGCAGACGCACACCGGCGCCAAGCGCUUCGGCUGCAGCUCCUGCCCGCGCGUCUUCCUGCGCGCCGACCACCUGGCCAAACACGUGCGCGUGCACGAGUCGCCGUGCCAACCGGCCGAAGAGACUCACUCGGCGACGGGAAGCGGCACCGGCGCGACGUCGCUGCUCAGAGUCAAGACGGAGUCAGAGAACGGCGACGACGACACGACGAACGCCUAAUCGACUCUGAUAGACGAGACUGAAGGCGACCGAUAUGAACUAUAUUCACAUCUGUAAAUGACCUGUAGAAGGUGGCAUUGGCAUGUAACACGUAACAUAAUGCUUUUAUAUCUUUAGUUUUAUUUAUAUUUGUACAUUUUGUGUUUCAUUCCCUGUUGAUUAACUUAAAGAUGUGUUGUGUGUCGUGUGUGAGUGUUUUUAUUGCUGUAAUCUCAAGAUUUGUAGUAAGGAUAUGUCAUUAGUUUGAAUAAAUAUAAAGCAUUUUGAUAUUUUUUCAUAUAUGUCUUGUGAAAGUGCCAUAAAUACAUCAAACAAUAAACAGGUUAGGCAAAAUCCAA